AUGGCAGCGGCGACUGCGGGCUACGACUGGAACCGCUCAUCGCCGCUGCGCUCUUCGCCCGACACCUCGUCUUCCAUGUACCCCGACCGACCCAUUCGCCCUCUACCCAGCCGCUCUCUCCGCGCCCGCUUGUCGCCUGAGCAGGCCGAGACAAUCGUGUACCCGCACAAUCCACCUCCCACCGGUCCGCUCUUCAACUUCCCAUACAUGGCGGAUGAGCGAGUACGUCCUCACAGGACUGGGACCAAUGACCACCACGCCUGUCACUGUGGACACACUCACUCCGAGGUGGAGAGUGACGAUGAAGAGGACGACCGCAAUGGGCCCAUGCCUGCAUCUCCAAGCUACCAGUACAGCAGACAUGUCUCUGGAAAGCCUGCAGCCGGUAUCGCGGGGACCCAUCGCAAGCCAGGCUCGCCAACAUCUUCAGUGGACGGCUAUGAAUCGUUUGAGAACACUAACAACAAGAAGAAGCGCAAGAUUCCAAACAUGGGUAGCAACGGCGCACACCACCCGAGUCUCUCGGUGGAUCUGGCCGCCACAGCCGUAGCACACGUUCAAGAUGUAGGGCCAGCCGACGAUGGCGAGGGAGAUGGCGCUGCGCGCUACUAUGGCUCCGCGCCGUCUACACCUCAACAUAACACGACUUCUGGAACAGGCAUCUCGGGUGCAGGCAGAGGGCGUUUUGGACGCUCUGGCUCGGGUCGGUCAGAGAGACGUGUCUUGGCCACGUCCAGCACCCUCACCAACGCCAAAGCGAACAGCAAACGUCCUCCGGAGCAAAGCGGCAUCAUUUCAACCGCCAUUGCAAACGCUGCAGCAACCCCGCCACCCCACGGCAACGAGAACGUGAGCCUAUUACAGCAGGAGGCCGCCAAGAACAGUGCAAACAAAACCCAAUUCACCUUCACUUGUGGGUCUGACUCAGCAAAUAAAAUGGUCUGGCCAGGCCAGGAAAACGGCCAAUACUCUCAAUCUCCAAGUGCCUACCCAAGCACGGCCGCACCCCAAUCUCACCCCCAAGCUGUCCGCGCCCGCCCUCCUGUCCGCUCCGACGCCCCAAUGGUGUCUACGCAGGGCACUCAGACGAGUCCGAACAUGAAUGAGUCAGGUACAUACCCUCCCCCUCCUCCACCCAAUGGCACUGCACGUCGAUCUACGGGUCCCCCGCCGCCACAGCAAGCUCCGCCGCCACGAAAGCCUCGACGUAGUGCUUCGAAGCUGUACGAGUAUGCUGCUCGUAAACGCCGCAUUCAGCAAGAGUACGCCAACUUCCACAACCCACCUAGUCAGCCGUGGAUUUGCGAGUUCUGUGAAUACGAAGACAUUUUCGGUCACCCUCCCAUGGCCCUGAUUCGACAGUAUGAAAUCAAGGAUAGGAAGGAACGUAAACGUUUGGCGGAGAAGCGUCGUCUGUUGGAGAAGGCUAGGAUGAAGGGACGCAAGGGCAAGAAAGCAAACAAGAAAGCGCAAAACAACCCCAAUAAUGCCCAGCACAACCAGAACCCUCCUCCAGGUGCUUACGAUCGACGCGAUGACGAAGGCUCCCUCGACCCACAGGACGAGUACUAUGACGAUGACUAUGACGAACCCGUCGCAACUUGUCCCCAUGGCUGUCCUCAUCACUCGCACCCUGCCCAUCCGCCUGCGCAAAAGGUGCCCGGAUUGCCUCCCGGAGACCCUCGUGCAGGGGGGCCGCCUGUGACCAAUGGCGCCUAA